AUGCAGGAACUCUCUCAGGACUCGCCAACAGUGAGCCCUCCGCAAAAUGCCGAGCGGCGGCGGGUACGAAUCAACAGCUCCGCCGCUGAAAUACCCGGAGGCGCACCCAGCUACAGCCGCGUCAAUGAUCUUGAGGCGCAGAAUUCAGGCAGCGUCGAAAGCCUUCAGCCCGUAGACGAUACCACUGCCGAAGUCAAUGAUCUAUGGCACGCCCACCAUAAUGGCGCCCAUCUGGGUCAUUCAGAGCACCAAUCUGCCGGUGCGGCAACCCAGCCCGAGGACGAAGACGUUUACACCUACUCUGGAAACAACCAAGGCGGUGUCUUCUACCACCUCCUCCAGGCCUACAAGACGCCCACAACGGCCGCCAACUAUUCUGCCGAGAGCACAGGUCAAUCGCCUCCUCGCCUGCCCGAGUCAGUGAGCCGUCCCGGGUCUUCGGGCAACGCGACCCCAAGAAAGAAGUGGUACAGCCAAGAGAAGAGCAACCAGUCGCAGGAGACGCUCGCCACGUUGAUCGGAGCGGCGGCCGAACUAGCAAAUCCCAAAGCGGAGAGCAAAGUGCAAUAUCGCCCACAGCACAAACGGAACAAUAGCAAUCCUCUACUUUCCAAAAUAUGGAAAGCCAAAGAAGAGCAGGACGCAAAGAUCAAGAUCCACGUUGCGAGCAUUCUCAAACGCCAGCAGUACAUCAUCAAGAUGUGCCGCGCGCUGAUGGUAGUUGGCGCACCCACUCAUCGCCUCGAGGAAUAUCUAGCAACGACAGCAAAGGUGUUGGAGGUGAACAGCCAGUUUCUCUAUAUACCGGGUUGCAUGAUCAUAUCCUUCGAUGACUCUCUCACCCAUACCGCCGAAGUCAAGAUCGUUCGAACUACACAAGGUGUCAACCUAGGCAAGCUCAAAGAUUGUCACGAAAUCUACAAAGAGGUUCUUCACGAUGUGAUUAGUCUGGACGAUGCGCUUGUGGCACUGGAUGAGCUCAUCAACAGGCCCGAUCAACACCCCGUCUGGCUCAACGUUAUCAUGUAUGGACUCGCGAGCGUUGCAGUUUCAGGCUUCUUCAAAGCACGAUGGAUCGAUAUGGGCCCAAUCUUCAUCAUGGGCACCGUCCUUGGAUUCCUGCAACUGGUGGUGGCUCCAAUGUCGAAGACAUACAAUACGGUCUUCGAGAUUAGCGCUGCCAUUUUAAUGACUUGCAUUUCUCGAGCUCUUGGGAGUAUACGUGGUGGGAAUCUGUUCUGUUUUUCUGCUCUGACACAAAGCUCGAUUGCAAUGAUCCUUCCCGGCUGGCUCGUGCUAAGCUCUGCACUCGAGCUGCAAUCACGCGCUAUUGUGCCAGGUUCGAUUCGACUGGUUUACGCUAUCAUCUAUUCGCUCUUCCUCGGCUAUGGCAUUACCGUUGGUACGGCGCUUUACGGCGCGAUGGACCCCAACGCCACCAAUGCAACAACCUGCCAGGCUCCACUGAAUUCGUACUGGAACUUCCUCCUCGUACCUUUGUACAUCCUCUUCGCCUGCCACACCGUACAAGCCAAGUACAAACAGAUGCCGGUCAUGAUUGCCAUCGCAUUCUCGGGCUACAUUGUCAACUUCUAUGCCAACAUGAAGUUUAGCUCUAGCGCUCCGAUUGCUUAUACCUUCGGAGCAUUCGCCGUGGGAGUGUUGGCGAAUCUGUAUAGCCGCCUACGACACGGUGUGGCGGCUGCCGUACUUUUGCCUGCUGUCUACGUUCAAGUUCCAGGCUCUCUUGCCGCGAGUGGAGCUAUCACGACUGCUUUGCAGACUGCUUCUUCCCUCAUCAAGGGUGGAGACACCACUGGCGAUAACUCCAACUCCCUCAACGCCAUCAGUUUCAACGUUGCCGCGCAAAUGAUCCAGAUCGCCAUCGGUAUCACGGUCGGACUGUUCAUGUCCGCACUUCUCGUCUACCCGUUGGGCAAGAAACGCUCGGGUUUGUGGACAUUGUGA